GUUCGUUCCAGCGCCCACCACAAAACGCAACGCAUCGGCAUCGCGACGGCUCCCCAACCCCAACCCCAACUCCCCCUCCCCGACUCUCUGGCCAGGUCUACCUCUCGGGCCGGCCUCUGUCCCUUCGCCCCCCUUCCAGUCCCCCCCGCACGCGAGAGGAGAUCGCCACCGCCCCGGGUGGGCCCUAGAUCCCGAUGGCCUCGCGCCGCCGCACCCUGCUCAAGGUCAUCAUCCUCGGCGACAGCGGGGUUGGGAAGACGUCCUUGAUGAACCAAUAUGUGAACAAGAAGUUCAGUAACCAGUACAAGGCUACGAUUGGCGCGGAUUUCCUCACCAAGGAGGUGCAGUUCGAGGACAGGCUCUUCACGCUGCAAAUAUGGGACACUGCUGGUCAGGAAAGGUUUCAGAGUCUUGGCGUUGCGUUCUACCGGGGAGCAGAUUGUUGUGUUCUGGUCUAUGAUGUUAAUUCUAUGAAAUCAUUUGAUAACCUGAACAACUGGCGUGAAGAGUUUCUAAUUCAGGCUAGCCCAUCAGAUCCUGAUAAUUUCCCUUUUGUUCUGUUGGGUAACAAAGUUGAUGUAGAUGGUGGCAACAGCCGAGUGGUAUCGGAGAAAAAGGCAAAGGCAUGGUGUGCUUCUAAAGGGAACAUCCCCUACUUUGAGACAUCUGCUAAGGAUGGAACGAACGUGGAAGAUGCCUUCCAGUGUAUCGUAAAGAACGCUCUGAAGAAUGAACCAGAGGAAGAAUUGUAUGUGCCAGAUACCGUGGACGUGGUGGGUGGCAACCGGGCCCAGAGAUCAUCUGGUUGCUGUUAAGGCAUGAGGCAUCACGAGGGCGUUGUGAUCAUCACCGGCUAUGCAGUAACCAAACAGUACCUUUGACAUUGCUGGGCCUCCAUGGUUAUCUACGGAUCCGUAUUCCAUUUGUUACCUUUCCAGUCUCCUGCUAUGUACCCAAGGGCGCCUGUCCCAUGCUGUCAAUCCGUGGACUUUGUGCAGUUUCAUCAGUAGCGUCAUAUCUUGUGAAUACAAUUGGGCAAAAUAAGAGGAAGUGUAAACUAAAGUUCAUCCUUUAUGGUUUUGUGUGGGACGAGUAUGAAUUUGUUUGGGCAAUCGCCGUUUC